AUGAUGCAAGAUAACAACAAAUCGGAGACGGCACAAGAGGUUCAGGAUACAGGACAAACAGUGCAUCGCCACCAACAACGAUUAUCCCUCAAAGACACUAGCUCCGGAUCCCCUCGUAGCCAUGACGAGCCUUACUUCGAUUUUCCCCCCGUGUCAACUGAACCAACCAGGACUCAAGUGGCUCGAGAGACUAUAGAGACAUACAACGAGUACAGAAAUAAGCGAAAGACAAAGGAUCUCAACUGGUGGGGAAGCAAGCAGCAUGAAGCCGAAAGGGGCGAUCCGGAUCGUGAAUUUCAGUUUGCACGGAACAUGCCAGUAUCAAACCACGAUAUCGAGGAUGCGCAACGAGCGUACAAUGCUAGAAUAACUGACCCUGUUACAGGUAGACACAACGCGCUGGGCUCUCACUUGCGACCUACAACUCCUCCCAUGGAGAAAGCCGAAAAGCAAAUCAAAGGCCUGGAGGACCAAGGGGUUAAUCUUACUCCUGGACUGAGAGAGGAAGUGGCUCAUCAUUUUAUUUCCAAUAGUGGGCUCCAUGCCGCUCUCUUAAUCUGGUGCAGGAACAAAACGGAUGUCCCUGUCCAGUAUGUUAACGAGUACAUCAAGAGCGUGUCUCGACUGAAGCUCGAAAUGGCCACGCAGCAGCGUGACGUGACUGAGAAGUUAGGGCAAGCCAUAAAAAAUGGUGAAGAAAAGGAGUCUCGCUGUCAGCAGCUGCAAGCCGAAAACAGCAAGCUCAAGAUGGAAAUACAAAGGCUCAAUGAGGAAAAAGAGAAGACGGAUUUACAAGCGAACCCUCUGGUAACUACACAAGAUGUUCGUCAACUGGCUUUGUACCCUAACAUGAUAGCAGUGGGCAAAGCGGAAGAGGAAAAGGCGCAUCUUAAGGAUUCCUCAAUGCAAUACAACAAACAUUAUAUCCCGCCUCCAGCUACCGUACAGCUACCUGGGACCCCGUUGACUUCCCUCAGAGAAGCCUCCGGGUCAAGUCAGAGCUCACCACCAUCACCUGUAACCAAGGAAAGCUUGGAGAAGAAGCCCUGGUCGGUAAAAGCUGUAGAGUCCAAUGUCACUCAAGGCGAUGCCAGCAGAAACAGGGUCCAGGAUUUGGAGUUGCAACUCGAAAACCUCAAAGAGGAACUUCGGGCCAGCAAUGACAGCAUAAGAGUCCAGGAGAAACCCGACUACACCACGGUUGACAGUCUGGUCAAUGUAAUUCGUAAGGAGAAACAAGGAAUCGAUGACGAAGAAGAAGCACCGAACCUCGUGGACCGAAUCAACUAUCUCAAUUUGGUCUGCUUCUUCCGAACUCGCAACUAUCUUCAACUUGCUCUAAGGGGGGGCGAUCAUACAUUGGCCAAAAUUCUCCUGAAUGACGCUGACAAAUGGGUCAAGUCCUGCAAGGAGCAUCUCGAAAAGAUGGAUCCAGAGGUCAACGAGGGUGUGCUUAUUGAAGGGGUCAAGUACGUCAAGCAUGGACGUAACGAACUCCGUAAGCUCCCAAGAAGUGACGCUUUUGCGCAGCUUAUCCAACUCGCAGAUUCCAUCCUCCGAGCGACCAAGUACGACGAGGAACAGAAUAGUCUGAGUAUCAAAGAACUCCCGCUCAAUCUUUUCAGAAGGAAGAAUAAGCGCCAAUACACCAAAAUCCAGGGGACUAUCAAGGACGACCCAGCCAUGAAGGCAGAGGCGUUACGUCUUACGGGCGUCCAUUCUCCUUUAUCCCCCAAGAAAUGGGCAAAGGAUAACUGA